AUGUUGAUUUUUGUUUGCAGAUAUCCUAGCGCUGUGCAUUACACACAUUCUAUGAUACUAAGCCAACUUGGUGUUGAUGAGAAUGUAAUCUUGGAAUUAUUAUGUACAUCAGCAUGUGAUGUUCCAUUGAAGGCUCGCCAACUACUUUUGGAAAAUAUGCCUGCUGGCCAUGACAUGAACUCCCUGGCUUCAUAUCUGCAGAGUAGUAAACAGGCUUAUUCUAUGCAAGGAUUGAGGUUGCGCGUUGAACAAGACAAGUUGUUUGAAAGAGCGCUUAUGAAUACGAAAGAUGCAUUACUCAUAGUCUGCGAUCCUCGAGACAAGGAACUAGGAAUAGGUCGGCAUGGACGAAAAUCAGUUUCUUGA